UUGAAACAAGGACGCGUUACGUGCAGAAUACCCAGCGCGCAGCCAGGGAAAAUCGCAUAAAUCGCCCAGCGCGUUGAGUUAGGCGGAUGAAGUUAAAAAUUGAAUAGAAAUACAGCAAUGAAAAUGCAGGAAAAUUGUGCUGCCUAAGUGCUUAAGUGCUCCAGUGCCCCGUGUGUUCUUGUGCUUUUUCCCAGAGCAAAAUUGUGCCGAAUCAGCAGAUAGUCGUUACGUAUACGCAACGUGUGCGGAGUGUUGUUUUAUUGAUUGCCCAGCAGCAGAGCCACACUUAAACCACUGGGAAAAUGCUGAUGAAACAGUGAGGAUUUAAAGAGCAGCCUCCGCUCCGAGGCUCGAGCAGUGAAAUGCGUGCAGCUGACAGUCAAGGUCGCCGACGCCUCAUGUCACCCACAAAAACAUAAGGAUCUACAGAGCAAAAAACAAUUCGAAUUCUAAAAGCAAACGAGGCAUCUUCGCAGGCAGUUUCCAGUCAUCAGCAGCUCAUCAACUAAGCGAACUUAAAAUGCCCAGGAUGGGGAGACGUCACAAACACUGCCAUCAUCGGUUGUGCGCUUCAUCUUCAUCUCCGCUGCAGCGGCUGGUGGAGCUGCAGCUCCUUCUGCCGGCGCUCCUGGUCGUCCUGCUGGCCACUACCCUGGGACUCGCCUGCCGCGUCUCCGAGUUCUCCUGCAAGGGCAGCGGGAACAGCGGCACCAUCUGCGUGCCCUUGGACAAAUACUGCGACGGACGCAGCGAUUGCGCCGAUGGCAGCGAUGAACCCAAACAUUGCUCCGUCUGCAAUCGUACAUAUUAUGGCGAUAUCGGACGCACCUAUGCCAUAAAAGUGCCAACGCCACAGUGGAAUAAAUUGCCCUUCCUCUGUCACUUGACAUUCACAGCAUCCGGUCAUGAUCAAGGCGACAUUGUGCAGAUCAUCUUCGAUGGCUUCACGGUGGGAAGGUUCGACGAGGGCAUGGUCGACACGGAUGUGGAUGGUUACGAAACGAACCUCAGUCCCACGGGCGAGUUGCCAGGAUGUCCCGAGGGUUUCAUGCAGCUCAGCGAAUUGGGACGCCCAUUCACCGGCGGCUCCUGGUGCGGCAAGGCCACCGGACCGCAAUUGUACUUUAGCGAAACAUCCACGGUGACAGCCUCGGUGAAGGUAUUUCAUCCGCCACGCAAUAUCCGAGACGAGAAGCCCUUUGAGUUCAGCAUAAGAUAUAAAUUUAUAAGCCAGUCGGAUGCAGUUGUGAGAUACGGCCUGCCCGAUAAGCCGCUCGAACUGGGCCGUGUGACACCCGGCACCUAUUGUACCAGGCAAUUCGACGAGUGCUAUCGGAACAAGUGUCGCCUGCAAAGUCCGAAUUAUCCUGGCAUGUAUCCGAGGAACGUUACCUGCUACUGGACGAUCCGGCAGAAGGAAGUCCCGACCAGCAAGCACGCCAUGAUUGCCGUUAGCCAGGAAAAUCAGCACAAGGCCUUGGUAAAACGCUCAAUAGCCAGCUUUAAUAAAACAUCCCGGUCCAUUCGAGCCUGGUCGGACUGUACAGGUGAACGGGACCAUUUGAUUUUCUACGACGGCAGCUCCACCAACGAUCCUGUUUUGGCCAAAUACUGCGGAGGAGAUUGGUUGCCACGCGUCGUUUCACGAGGUCCUGAGAUGUUGGUGGCCUUCCACUCCAGCCCGUUUUCUGCGCCCUUGCAACAGGGCAUCCCGAACCGAGGCUUCGAACUGGACGUGGACAUCCUCUUCACCGACUCCGACUCAUUUGACUUCGCGCAGGGCACCAAGAACCUGUGCGAGUUCCACAUAAAUGCCUCGAAUCCAGAUGAUGUGCUAUUCUCGCGGCGCGGCCGCAUGGGACGCAUUGUGAGUCCGCGUCACACGCUUCCGCCGAAUACGACAUGCACGUACCACUUUCACGGAUAUCCUGGUGACCUGAUUUGGUUAUCGUUCACCAGCUACAAUCUGCAGAUCCUGCAGCAGGCGAUACACGACAACAAUACGCUGGGACGGAGCGAUCUGCCACCUUGGAUAACGCGCCUGAGGAUGUGGGACAGCUAUGGCACAUAUGUGCCCAUGAAAUCGACAAGUUCAACCACCGGGCAACCGCCCCCACCACCCCCCGUUGCCUCCUCGGCGGACGGGGGCAAGCCGACCCUACUAAACCAGAGCAACUACGGCAGCUACUACUACAGUGCCAGUAAUCCGAAGUUGAAUCGGAAUCUGCGGGUGAACAUCGACAAUGCCUGGAAUCCGGUGGACACCUACAUCUACGGCCCCACGCAGUCGAGCGUGUUCAACCAGGAGAACAAGUACAGCGGCUACCAGGGUGGAGGUCCUGGCGGAGGAUCAGCUGGAUCCGCUGGCUCCGGCAAGCCCAUAUCCGGGGUCAAGGAAAGCCUCAACUACAUUUCGAGCGGAAAGUCCUCCAAGGAAGUCUCGGCAGCGGCGGUCGUCAGCUCGGAUCGCAAUAGUGCGGUGGCCUUGAUGAGCACCAAGGGCAAGCGACGCCUCAUGCUGGAGAUCUACGACUACGAGACUCCGAAGCUGUGCGAUCACACUGCCAUUGGAAGUGGGGUGAGCGGAAGUAGUGCCGUGAUGGGGGGCAACAAACAGAGACCCUGCAGUCCGCUGGAGAGCUACGUGAGCACAGGCAGGGAUUUGAAACUGGAGUUCCACACGCAUACCGGCACCGCCCUGUUUCCCGCACAGUUCGCUCUGAACUACGAGUUUGUGGACACGGAGCAGGGUGGCGAGACGUGGGCAGGGAGACGGGGAGAAGAUCCGGUGCCGCCACUCUGCUCAAGAAUUUUCAAGAAGCGCAAGGGCAACAUCCAGGUUCCCAGGAAUGUGUUUCUGUACGGACGAGGCGGAGCCAAGAACAUAACCUGCUUGUAUCGCUUUGAAGCGGGUCCUUCGGAGAGGGUGAAACUGGUCCUGCAUAACGUGUCCUUCGGAGAAGGCACAGCCUGCACCACCGACUCGGAUCUGCAUACAGGCAGACCCCGCUGCAAUCAACUGGAUCCGGAGGGCCGCAUCACGGAGCUGCGACUGUUCGAUGUUCCAUUUAGGGACGUGAAAAUCCAACUGGGCUGCUUCUGCGAUAACUCCAGUGCCCUGUACAGCAAUGCACCGCUCACUUUCGUUUCGCAUUCGAGGAUUAUGGAGCUGUCCUUCACGGUCACGAGAUUAAAUAUAUCGGAGGACUUUGCGGAUGUCUUCUUCUCGGCUUCCUACGAAUUCAAGAGGCAACCGGACUGCAGGAAGCAGUUGAAACUCAAAGGAGCCGGCGGAGAGGACGAACUCAAGUAUCCUCUAAAGACUCAGGAUGCGAGCUGCGAAGGCCUGGCCUGGUACAUCGAAGCCCAAUCGGCCGAGAGGUCGCUCUUCGUCCAGACCUGGGGCGCCUAUCUGCCCGUGGAUCCCACCUCCGAGGAUGCCAUGCGGUGCCACACCAAGAACCGCCUGAUGAUAUACUCCGGACGACCCCUGCGACCCAUGAGGGUGGUGUGCCCGGCCCAAAGUGGCCCGCGGCCAAUGUCGCUGCACAUCUUCUCCGAGGACUGGACCAAUGGGCAGCCCUUGUUCAUGAACAAACCCAUCAGCCUGGUGCUGGAGCCAAUCCUGAAGGAGCCCGGCGACAUCUCCUUCACGUGGCUCGAGAUUCACCGCACCAAGAACGCGCUGCUGCAGCAGUUGGACCUACAUGUGAACGCUAGCGUGACCACGGGCAUGGGCUCCCAGACCUCCUCCCAGUCCGCAGCCGGCUCCAACACGGGCAUUGGGGGACUGGGCACCAGCGGGUCAGGAUCUGCUGCCAACGCCGGAGGCUCUGCAGGCGGAGCAACGGCCAACGAGACGCUGAACGAGUUCGGAUUCUUUCCCAAGGAGUCCGACUGCGAAUACAAAUGUCCUGAAAUUGAUGCAUGCAUUGCGGCCAGCUUGUGGUGCGAUGGCCACCACAACUGCCCCAGCGGUUUCGAUGAGUCGGAGGAGGAGUGCGGCACCGCUCGCAAGUUGCUGGAACUGCCGGGCGGAGUUUUCGCCGCACUUGGAUGCAUUGCAGCAGCCCUGACCGCCUGCCUGAUAUUCUGCAUGUUCGGGCUGAUGAGGAAGCGGAAAAAGUCGGUGGUGCAGAAGGGCGCCGGAGUGGGCGGCAUGGGCGGAAUGGGCGUGGGCGGGAUGGGCGUGGGCAUCGGGUUCAUGAACGGAGCGAGCAACGGCAACGUGUCCGCCGCCAGCAUCGGUACCCUGAAGAAGGACUUCAAGAAGGAGGCGCUGUACAUCGAUCCGGCCUCCUGACACGGACUACAGCCGGUCGAAUAUAUCCACGUGGACCGGGAGACCACCGUGUGAUAUGUUGCCGCCGGCUGUGGCAUUCCCUAUGAUCAUGUGGAGCUUUCCAUGGAGCUGGCCUGACCGAUGGAUCAGUCCGCUGAUCCCGUUCAAAAUCUGGCCUGGAGAUUUUAAAGAUACAGAGUCGACGCCUGGAGGUAUGAGAACACUAAAUGAACCUACAUUUUAAGCCGAUAACUUUUUCUAAACGCUUCUGGGAGUAACAAAUUGCGCACUAGCGAAGUUGUGUGUAUGUAGUCAUAAGGAAAAUGCUGUUGAUGAGUUGCUUAUGGUUUUUACUUUGUAUAUAUUAUUUAACUUUAAGCAUAAAUAAUUUAAAAGCUCUGAGAGAGUCAGGAUUGUGCACCGUAAGAACUUUUUUAAGGUAUUUCGAUCUUUAUGUCCUAUCAUUAAUCUUUAAAUAUCGAAAAAUUAUAUUUGAGUUCAAACUAAAAAUCUUUAUAAUUGCAUACAUUAAAGGUUUCCAAAUUAAAAUCAAAAUUGAUCACUCACAACUUUUAAAAACUCAAAAUGUUCGAGUAAUAUAAAUUUAUUGCUAGUCACAUGGUAGCCAGUUUUGACCAUUACAUAAUUGUGUUUUAGUUCGAUUAUGAGAGUUAACAAAUUUUCAGUUUAGGACUACAUACACAAGCGAUAAGAGGACAUAAAACUAUUGUAAAUUAGGUACCUUUAAACCAGUUAGAUCAGCUAGAGAACAACAAUUCGUGGGCGGCUCGUAGAUGACUUCGGCAUAUUACCACAUAGCACACAGCACCCAUUAAAGGAAGUAAUCCAAUGAUUCAGCAACUAAAUGGAAGAUCAUGAACUACAAUGAAAUUGUAUAGAAGAGCAACUCAAAGAGCAGAUCCCUAUGCGUAGGGCCACUCUGGCACUAAUUUUAAGCGGUUAGACUAGGCAAAAACUGUUAGCAGCGAUUGGAAAGGAGUUGGGAAAGGUCGAGGGUAAUCUCUACAGUGUUGUGAUCUAAGGCAUGCACAUACUGAACUAUGUUUAAACACUAUGUUUAACGUCGAAGCAUUUACAUGACGAGUACUCAGAACCGGAGGCGUAUAUUGUAUAGGUACUAGCUAGUAGCUAACUAGUCAACUAAGAGGCAGCACUUUUCUGUUAUUAUCGUACAGCACAAACACACAUAAGCAAAGGACAUCACCUAGUGGUUUAUUAUAUACAAGUCGAUACAGCAAGUUAAUUAAAUGCAAUUGUUAUUAAUGAAUUAAGUAGCGCUCCAAACCAGAGAUAUGUUCACUGCACUUAAUCGAGAGAACUGCCAAAGGAUUAGACAACAAAACAACAAAACAACAAAACAAUCAAUGUAAAUAUUUCUGUCGAGCAAUCACUUGUUUGCGUCAGCAUUUAUGUUCGUAAUUUGAACACAAGCCGAUUCCCCUUAAGUAGCUGCAGUGAGUAACAUUCCUAAAGUUAAUAGACUUUGUAAAAACUACGAGCGAAGAAUAAUAAUAAACUGUAUGCAAAACUACCAUUUAGGACACGGCUCAUAACCCAUAUAAACAAUCAAACUUUUGGCAGUUGCAGUAGGAUUAAGCAAACAACACCAAGAAGAAGCGGAAAAAGGACAUAAGUACUUUAUUUUAUAGACACGGAACUAGGGCAAAAAUUAUGAAACUGAAUACUGAAAGCAAAGCAAAUACUGGCUGCAGUGGGAAUUUUAAAAAUUUAAGAACCUCUGCCAACGCCGGCAGAGUCUACAUCCAUAAAAACCCAUUAAAAUUUCAACUCCAAUGAAACUUUGCCGAAGAGCGUGUGUAUAAAAAAUAUAUGAUUUAGCCAGCAUAAAAAGUAAAUGGAAAUAUAUACAUAAAUUAAAUCAAAUAUUUUCGGUUGGCAUUUUUUGAUAGCAAAUAACCUAAAUAUUUAUAGCUAAAAAAGAAAGAAAGAAAAUUUAACAAAACGCACUUUGUACAAUUUAAUAAAAAACGAGCAGUUAGUUAUUAUUUCCAGACACACAGCAUAGCAUACACAUAUAGGAUAUUUUACACACAUUCGAAUAAGAGAUAAAAUAAUACCGAAACAUAUUCGAGAGCGAAAGGAAAUUAAAUUAAUUAAAAAAGGCGCAUAGGCCAAAAAUGCAUUUUUACUGCCGCCAAUUGAGGACAAAAAUCGAAAAAAUCGAAAACACGGCUGGCAGGGCAUUUAAAUAGUUAGCUUUAAGCCCGGCUAAAAUGCUGUAACUACUUCGUUGGCCACCAUUGUCACUCACACAAACUCACAUCAUCUCAAUCAUCAGUUUCGGUUCAGUUCCUUCUCUCAACCAAACCAAACUAUGGAAAUUUCUGUGCCAACUGUGUUUGAAGUAGAAUUCAAAGAUAAAAAAUGAGUAAAAAGUGGGGGCGGCGUGGGGUGGAGAAAUUGAAUUAUGACCGCACAUAAAACAUUGCAUAUAAUUUAUUUGAAAUGUUCGAAAAUAAAGUAGACGAAACGAGAAGAAAACGCUGCGCGAUGGUAAAUAACAAUAUAAUGCAGACAGCUGUGUAAAUAGUCAAACUGCGUACAGUCUACGCAUAUUUAAUUAAAAACCGAAAAAACUAAAAAAACUGAAAAAAGUGACCCAAUGAUACGAAAUUCGAGAAAGGAGAUCAUAUCUUAAGUUCCCUUUCUGAAUUCCCCCGAUUUUCAUUUCUUUUCGCCGUUCGAUAGCGUAAGUUUCACUUGUAUGAUAAAUAAAACUAAACCAAAUAUUUAUAUAGAGAUAUUAUACGUAUAUGAAAAGGAAACCUUAAGUUAAUGACGCACUGAAUCAAAUAGAUGAAACGAGUAUUUAAAACCAAGACAAUUAAAACCAAAAGGAACUUUAAGCAAAAUAAA